GAGCUGACAGAUGGAGAACAACGCCGUGUCUACCUCUACGUGGCCAACGCCGGGGAUUCCCGAGCAGUGCUCUGUCGUGCCCGUGCCGCUGUCGAUCUCUCCACGGACCACAAACCGGAAGACGCUGAGGAGAAGGCACGCAUCGUGGCUGCUGGCGGCACGGUCACCGCCGACGGACGCGUAAACGAUGGCCUUAAUCUCAGCCGGGCUCUGGGUGAUCACACCUACAAGAAUCCGGCACAACUGGCUGUGUAG